GCAGGUGUGUGUGUGGGAUUAGGAGAGAGCCGGCAUCGAGGAGCCCAGCUGGGAGCUAAUGGGUCGCGCUCUCACUCCACCCAUCCGCCGCUCGCCAAUUGGAAGUGAGGGGGAAAGAUGCUCUGGAUGGAUUAACGCCGGAGCCGCAGAAAAAGCACGAGCCGCCGCCUCGGCCACCUGAGCGAGCGGGAUUUGGGAACGAGUGCGGUGGAUCCGGGGUGGGGAGGGGGAGCUGUCGGAGCAGCAUCUCCGUUAAAGGAGUGGUGUGCAGAGUCCCCACCAGCAGCGAUGUCAAGAAAUGGAUACUUCUUUGAAGAGAGUGGGUACCUCAAGUGCCACACCGACGAUGGCCCCGAGGCGAAGGAGGAGACGGCCAGCGAGGAGCUCUACGACACCGUCAACUCCACCAUCGUCUCCGCCGACAGCAUCCGCUUCUUCGUCAACGUCAACCUCGAGGGGGCUCCCCGGGCCACCGCUGAAAGUGAAAGUGCUGGCUGCGUGUUACUGCACACAUCGAGGAAGUACCUGAAAUUAAAGAAUUUUGAGGAGGAAGUCCGAGCCCAGCGAGACCUGGAUGGGUUCCUGGCCAGAGCCAGCAUCAUCCUGGACGAAACAGCCACGUCCUUGGACGAUGUUCUGCGGGAGAUGCUGAGACACUUCGCGGAGGAUCCCGAGAACACGGAGCCGAGCUGCAACUUCGAAAAAAUCAUGAGCACUUUAUUCACAGAUUCAGGGACCCCACGGGAAGGGAACGUUCACCUCCUGUCAGAUACAAUCCAAGGGGUCACAGCGACAGUCACGGGGGUGCAGUAUCAGCAGUCCUGGCUCUGUAUCAUUUGCACUAUAAAGUCCCUUCAGCGACGUCACGUUUGCAUCAGCCGCCUGGAGAGGCCUCAGAACUGGGGGGAAAACUCCUGUGAAGUGAGAUUUGUGAUCCUGGUCCUGGCUCCUCCCAAGAUGAAAAGCACCAAAACCGCCACAGAAGUGGGCAGGACCUUUGCCACCAUGUUCUCUGACAUCACCUUUCGGCAGAAGCUCCUGGAGACCAAAACCGAGGAGGAGUUCAAGGAGGCCUUGGUCCACCAGCGGCACCUGCUGACGGUGGUGAACCAGAGACCCUCGGGGAGGAGCGAUGGGCACAAACCACACGGGCAUAAACCACUCAAGCUGCACGAGUUUCUCAAUGUUGGCAAGGGGAUUUCUGAUGACAUUGCACGAAGGUUUCCAGUGUACGCGUUGGACUUCACCGAUGGUGUUAUUGGAAACAACAAAGCUAUAGGAAAAUACAUCACCACUAUGAUCUUCCUGUAUUUUGCCUGCCUCCUUCCAUCCAUUGCCUUCGGGUCACUCAACGAUGAAAAUACACGAGGAGCUAUUGAUGUGAGGAAGACAAUUGUGGGGCAGUGCAUUGGGGGGCUGCUCUACGCCCUCUUCUCGGGGCAACCUCUGGUUGUCCUCCUUACCACAGCUCCCUUGGCCCUCUACAUCAAUGUCAUCCGAGGAAUCUGUGAUGACUACAACUUGGAUUUCAGUGCUUUCUAUGCCUGGAUUGGACUGUGGAACAGCUUCUUCCUCGUGAUGUACUCCCUCUUUAAUUUCAGCCUCCUGAUGAAGCUCUUUAAAAGGUCAACAGAAGAAAUAAUUGCACUUUUUAUAUCCAUCACGUUCGUGCUCGAUGCCAUCAAAGGCAUCACGAAAGUUUUUAAGAAAUAUUACUACUAUGGGCGCACAGGAGACAAUUACUUGGGAAAAGAAGGAGCUGAUGCUAUUCCAAGCCUCGGCAUCAAUACCACCUUCUUGAUGAAUUCAUCAGUGAGCAGAUCCAUGUCCCUAGAGAAUCAGACAUGCACCCAUGAUGUGCAUUAUGGACGUGAAACUGCCGUCCUUAGUCUCAUGUUGAUGUUGGGUACCCUUUGGCUUGGCCAUACGCUCUAUCAGUUUAAGAAAAGCCCAUAUUUGCACGCGAGAGUCCGUGAGAUUCUGUCCGACUGUGCCUUACCCAUUUCAGUCCUGACUUUCUCUGUUGUGGGUUCCUACAUCUUCAAGGAAAUCGAAAUGUCCAGGUUUAACUACCACACGUCCGACAGCCUGUUCGUGCUGGCGCCCGUGCAGUCGCUGUCCAUCGGCUCGGUGAUGAGCGCCAUGGGCCUGGGCUUCCUGCUGUCCAUGCUCUUCUUCAUCGAGCAGAACAUCGUCGCCUCGCUCACCAACGCCCCGGAGAACAGGUUGGUGAAGGGCACAGCCUAUCACUGGGACCUCCUGCUGGUCGCGCUGAUCAACACGGGGCUGUCGGUGUUCGGCCUGCCCUGGAUCCACGCGGCGUUCCCGCACUCCCCCAUGCACGUCCGGGCCCUGGCCUACGUGGAGGAGAGGGUGGAGAGUGGGCACAUCUAUGAGACGAUCGUGAGCGUGAAGGAGACGCGGCUGACGAGCCUGGUGGCGAAUUUCCUGGUUGGGCUGUCGCUCCUGCUCCUGCCUUUCCCUCUCCAGUGGAUCCCAAAGCCGGUCCUCUACGGCCUCUUCCUCUACAUCGCCCUGACCUCCAUUGAUGGGAACCAGCUCUUUGAGAGGGUGGCUCUGCUGCUCAAGGAACAGACCGCGUAUCCCCCGACCCAUUACAUCCGCAGAGUGCCCCAGAGGAAGAUCCACUACUUCACCGGCCUGCAGGUCCUGCAGCUCCUCAUCCUCUGCGGCUUUGGGAUGUCACCGCUGCCCUACAUGAAGAUGAUCUUCCCCCUCAUCAUGAUAGGGAUGAUCCCCAUCAGGUAUAACCUGCUCCCGAGGAUCAUCGAAGCCAAGUACUUGGAUGCCAUGGAUGCAGAGCACUAAAGGGGGGCCCUCCCCACGUGGAGCAGCAAGGACAGCCAGCCCUUUUGGAGCGGGAACAGGUGGCUUUCCCGAGGCGCAGGACAAUCCCACGCACUUCUUUCCUUCCCCACUUUCUCUCCGCCCUAACGUGGCAGUGCACGCCUGUCAGAGACCAUGGGAAUGCUGGAGCGUCCCAAAACCCGCCUUGGACUUGGGAGGACGAUGCUCUUUGGGAGCUGUGAGGCGAGCAGGCUUCAUGGAAAACGCUACUUCCCACAUCCCAGAACCCCAAAGAUCAGCAUGUCUGUAGGGUUGGAGCAUGGAUUCAGAGCUGUCACGUGUUCCCUUCUUUUCAGGGUGGGGGGGAACUCUCUCUUUGUGUUAUUUUUAAUGCACCACAUCCUAUUCUUCCCUUCAACAACUGACCCUUCUUUUUUUGCAGAGUGCCAGCCUUGUCCUGGCCCUUGAGUUUCAAUUUCCCGUGCAUCCAGUUAUUCCCAAAUGGGGUUUUCAGGGGUGGGAUGGCCUCGUGCUAAACCACUGAUGGCAGGAGAGGUUUCUGACCACUCCUCCAGAUUGGUGGGUUUGGAAACAGCUAUGAUAUGUACUGAUAACAAUCCCCAGCUUUGGGUGAGUAUUUAAUUCCUACAAAAGAGCUGGAAACGUUGGGAGAUCGGGCUCUCAUGGCCACGUUGAUGAAACCACAGCUGGGUCUGAGCUAUUUGGGAAUUAUUUCGGAUUUUCUGCCGUUCCUUCUCGGUAAUCAAACCCAGAAUUGUAUUUUUGCACAACUGCAGCAAUUUUUUUUCCCUUGCACUCUCAGAGUCAGAUACUCGUCCCAGGGCAGUUGGGUCAUGGUUGCAUAUACAUAUGUACAGGAGUGCCUAUGUGUACAUAUAUACAGAUGGAUUUGUGUAUAUAUUUUGCAUAGAUAUACAGAUAGGGCCUGAUCCUUUCCAAAUAUCCAAAGUGUUUUGUGCAGUCAGUGUUUCCCAUGAUUGCACUUGUUCUCUGCUUCAGUGCUGCUUUUUCUCAUUUGGAGAUAUGGUCACUUUUUUUUUUUUUUUUCCCCCUUUGGAAGCUGCUCAGUUACUGGUUUUGUCCAUGUGUUGCUUUUAUUCAAGGUGUUCCUUUGCUUCCUCCUCCCUGUGGCUUGAGACCUAUUCAUCGUUCUGUCCUGAUGCUCCAACAUGUGAAUUUUGCAUUUAAUUUUCAUGUACAGAAUCCAGUGAAAAGUUUUUUUUCCUCUCUCGCCUAAUCAAUAUUUGUUGGUCAUUUCACUGUCUCUGUUUUGUAGCUGAUCUCCAGAUUCCCACACACACACACUCUCUCCCAGAUGUUAUGUUAUAUUAUAUUUCUGGAUGAAUCGAACUUCUGCUGUCUUUCAUAAUUCGGGUUUAUUUAAUUUUGCUUGUACUACGGUCAGGUUUGGUUGGUUUUGUUUUUUGGUUUUGGAGUACUGUGAAACAAGCUGCCCUUUGGUGUUUUCAGAGCUGCACAUCACAGGUCACGGGUGGAGCCUUCAGAAAGUGGUGGGCCUCGAUAAUGACCCCUCAAAGCACUAGAAACGGGGGAGGGAGGAGAGCGACAGAAAAUGAAAUGCAAAUGUGUCAGCACAGAGAGGUGUUCAUUAGCACUUGCUUGCCCGGUAAAUGGUGCAGAGUUUUUAUCAGUGGGGGAGGUUCCUCCCACCCCACCCUGCAGUGAGGGAGGGUGUCAAGCUGUGCUGGAACUAAAACUAAGCCAGGCUCAAACCGCUCAAGAUUUGGUGUAUUUGCACUAAAUUCAGGGGGUAUUUAACCUCCAUGUAGCACUCAAGCACGCGUGCAAAACCAAUUUAUGUCCUUUUUUUACCAAGCCCUUCACCUCUGUGUUGAACCUGGAUGGAGGAGGGCAGUGUGGGAGUGGUUUUAUUUAUCCCUGAGGAAUCCCGGGGCAAGGCCCUCAGCUCAGCAAGCAGAACAUCAACCACGUGUGAUGUUAAAACCGUGACCUUCAUGUGGCACCAUGAGGGGCUGCUGAGGAGUCCCAGGGUCAGGAGGGGCCACCCCAGAGCGGGUAAUUUGGCUCUGAGUCACCCUGAGGGGGAGCUGGGGCUGUGUCUGACGGGGGCAGGACAGCAGCAUUGAACCUGUGAGUGAUUUCUGACGACUCUUCUCGGUGUUUCCCGGCUCUUGAGUCACUUCAGGGCUGAGCUCACCGAGAGCUGUUGAGUAGGAACAGGGGCAGACAGGACUGUGGAGGUGCUGAGAGCGUGUCUGAUCUCCAGUCAGCAGAAGAAGGGCAGGUGACAGCCAGCAGCUCGGGACCUGUCGGCAGGCAGGGAGUGCAAAGGCCCGGUGAGGCUGAAGGAACGCGUUUUUCCCACAGAUGUCAAAAGAUUUAACCAGAGCUGCCAUCAGAAGCCUCAUCCUGUGGUGGAGUAAAAGCUGUAAAACACACGUGCCCUGGGGGAGAAUUUGUGGUGUCUCUGCUCUCCACGGGGGAAGGGAGGGGGAGGAAAGUCACCUUGUGGGGUGGUUUAAACCCUGUUUCGGAUGGUAGAGCUGGAAGAAGGAGGGGAUGUGCCCAAGGGAAUGUGGCUUUGGUCACUGUGGGUCUUGCCAGAGGAAAGAGUUUUGAGAUGUGCCCUGCACUCCCCACUUAAAGGACCAAACCCACCCCUGUUAAAGCCUCCUUGGAAGGCCCCAAUUUCAGAUGGUGUCAGAUGUUGCCGAGAUAAUGGAAAAUGCAGGUAGCAGGGAGGGUUAAAUAUCCAUCACAGCCCUUGUUUAUGUCUUUUUAUUUUGCUUUUACCGGUGUGACUUCAGUGUUUGUGUUUUCUUUGUAGCAGCAGUAGGGUUCUGUUUUGCAGGGUUUUCAUUCUACAGGGGCCAAAAAAAAAAAAAAAAUCAACUGAUGGGAAAUGGCCACAAUUUGGGAUGGGGGGGAGAAAUGUGCUGGCUUAGACUGGUCGAACAUUUGGACCCAUUUCUCCAAUAUAUGGGUAGAAAAGGGAGAUGUGUGGAGGCCUCUCAUCUCCUGAGGGGUUGUCAUGAUCCUGCAGAGGAUUAUUUUUUAAUUUUUUUUUUCCAUGCCUUUUCUCUUCUCGUUUGCUUCUGGUUUUGCAGACUCAAAGUGCAGGCGUUUCCAGGAAGUGGGCUGACCAGGGAAGGAGGGUUUGUUCAGAGUUGAUUGAACACUUUAAUACUUCUGUGAAGGUUGAGACAAUUAGAAUGUAAAAGAAGUUUUAUUAUAAGCUCUUUAUAUACGCACAAUGCUCUGUGUAACUGUUGCCAAAGAACUGGGGUGGGAGGGAUGAGCUGCUGGGAGAGCCCACGGUGUUCCCCUGGGACCACAAAGGUAGGGAAAAGCUGCUGGGAUGAGUGGAUUUGUGGAAGUUACUUUUUGACAGCUGCCAAAACGAUCAGAAACCGGGGCGGGGAGGGAGAAUAAAAUUCUGCUCUCAAACGUUGCGGUUUUUGAUCCUUGCGUUGA